UCUCCCAGCCGGUGUUUUGAUAAUUCUACGCCCUCCGGUGCUGUGCGGUGCUUUCCAUGCUUCAGAGACGACUAACGUAGCGUGCAGGGAUACCAUGACUCUGACCAGGGGAUCCUUCACCUAUGCCAGUGGGGAGGAGUACCACGGCGAGUGGAAAGAAGGUCGGAGGCAUGGCGUUGGUCAGCUCAAGUUUCAGGAUGGAACCUGCUACACCGGCCAGUUUGAGAACGGACUCUUCCACGGCUCUGGUGUGCUGCUGUUUACAGAUGGAUCCAGGUACGAAGGAGAAUUCGCUCACGGAAAGUUUCAAGGUGCAGGAGUCUUUAGCCGAUACGAUGGCAUGAAGUUUGAAGGAGAAUUCAAAGACGGACGUGUUGAGGGACGUGGGCUAUUGACUUUCCCGGAUGGAGCUCAUGGUGUCCCACGAAACGAGGGCUUGUUUCAAAACCACAAGCUGCAGAAGAGAGAGAAGUGUCCAGGAGUGGUGCAGCGUGCGCAGGCCUCAGCCUCCAGUGCUCGCAGUCUGGCACUUUGACCGUCGUGGACCGUGACAGAGACGCCACGGUCAGGGUUACAGCACCUUCCAGGGGGGCCUCAGGGAUGUGUACUAGUAUACUCCCCUCCAGCUCUUCUCUCUGUGUCUUUCUCUCUUUUUGUCACCAUCACUUUAUUUUUCUGCAGCUUCCUUGCUUCACCCUCACAGCAGCUCGGGAAGCACAUGCAAUUAGACCAAACAAUGGCUUCCUGUAUGACUGACUUGAAAUGCACAACACCAUGAAGCACACGUUUAAGUCUGCAAGUCACAACAAAUUCAGCUGUCUUUCUCUUGAACAGUGUCUUAGUGUUUCACAACAGUUAGCUUUCAUACUUCAGAUGACUGAAUAUGGAAGACCUCUUCUUAUCAUGUUAUUACACAUCUGGUAUUUAAAGAGUUUUCUAUUGCAUUAAGGUGUAAACUGUAGAUAACGUCAGAUAACGUAAAGAUUUUGACCACUAGGUCCCCAUUUAGUUUUUUUAAUAAUAGGCCAUGAGGAUGCACAUGUGCCCAAGUGUGUGGGUAACAUUACACACAUUCUGUUUUCACACUCUUGGACAUUUGAACAAAGAUGCAUUGCAAUGCAUCCACAAAGGUUGCAAACAUGGACCGUUGACUGUAUAUAAAGGUGGACGACAUGACAGAUCUCAAAAGUGAAGCCUGAUGUAUGUUCAAGUGUUUCAUUUUCUGAAACCACCAGUUCAAGAUGGCAGCGCUCGUGUACGGGACAUUCUGGCUUCAUUUCUUCUACAUUGGCAGGAAGUAGACACACACGUCGUCCAUCUUUUUGUGCAGUCAUUGUUGUGGAUCUGAACCACGCAGGAUUCAAAAUAUUCAACAGAAUUGGGUAUACAAAUAUUUGAAUUGUAAGUAGAAUGAUUCUAAAUGAUUUUUUCAGACCUCAAAGAUACACAGUGAAUGUAAACAUAACUUUUGUCUGUUUACAAAUAUACUUGACGGGGCCCCUUUAAAAUCUCCAUCCAUAGUGCUGCUGCAAAAUCUAUCAUUCAAGAAAUGCAUUUAAUCACUGGUGGUCUCUUUUUUUAGAAGAUCACUAAUCACAUUUGCCUUAAAAAAGGUUUUCGUGUAGUGGAAUAGUUCAAGGCCGUCCGUCUGAAAAUCCGAUGAGGCACAGCGCCCUCUCCUUCCCCUCUCCUCUGCAUCAUUUGCCCUACAGUGUCUGUCAGCCUAAUGAUUUUGAGGUCUGCCUGAAGACUGUUACUAAGCUGGUGCUGACUUCCAUCUCCCAUCAAGUCCUGCUGCUGCCCUCCCUCAGAUAAACCUCCCACUCCCAGUGGAAAUCUUUGGAAAGGAUGUUUAACUCAUUUGGAUAAUUCUCUCCUGUUUUCCCCUGUGUAACCUGAACACCUGGACGACUGGAAAUCCUCAAAGUUGAUAAAUAAUCAUGAUUAAAUGCAUUAAACUCGGGACUUACAUCUUAACUGAGGCAGCUGAAUGAUAGAGACUUUAUACAUCAGACGUAUUUAAGGGUAUGUGAUUCUAAUGUAUGUGUUUUUUUCUGUGAGAUGUAUAGAUAUUUAUUGUCAUUGAUUGUGUUUGUUUUGACAUUUCAACGGAAUUAUGAGCUCAUUCUUUGAUUGUUCUUGUAGAGAAUGGUGUCCCUGAGUUAUUUAAGACUAAGUGUGGUUGAGUAUUUUGAAAUAUUGAGAAUUUGGGAACCAUUAUAGCCAAUCAUAGGUAUUCUAUGACUGCAGAUUAAUUCAGUGUACUUGAAUCGUUAUAGGCCUUACAAAGCAUUUGUAGACGUGGUUUGUCUAGGGUUGCUUACAUAGCACUUCCACCAAAGACAAUCAAGUGAUAUUAUAGGUAGGGAAGCCUGGAAUAUGUGUUAUUUCUUACAGCUGAACAACAGAGACAAAUCGAUGGGGACAAAUCCCCCUGGGGCUUCAGCGCGCAAGGAGAACAAAAGGAGAGAAGAUUAAACAGAUAUUUGGUAUGAGAUUGUGUUGUAAAUAUUCCUGAAGUCUCCAUUCUGGAUUCUUAUUUUCUUUGUUAUAUUAUACAAGGGGGGGAAAAAAAUAUCAAUACUCUAUUAUGAGCCCAUACGGUUGCUUGCUUCAGUUUAAUCUGAAAGGUAGCCGAAAAGCAGAGCAGUGCAUGCAUUAGUGCCGCUAUCUACAAACACACACUACUGUCAUGUUUGCUGUAUGUGCAAAGUGUGUAAUAUGCUGCAUUUCAAAUCACGUAGAAGCAAUUUGACUUUCCUCUCUGUUGGAAGCGACGCCUGCUCGAGCCUUCUUUGCCUACACACUCCUGAGUGGAACUGAACACAAUGGAAUACCGCAUCCAUUUUCCCUACUACAAACAAAUGGUGCUUUAAAAGCGUGCCUGUCCAGACUUUCACCUGCCUGGAAAAUAUCAUUGCCAUGGUUACCUUUUUCUUUUUCCAGUAACAGUAUAAUGCUGCUUUGAGUGCUCUCAGAGAAAACUACUGCACGGUAUCCUGUCAUUCUCCCGGAAUAGGUCUGAGUAUGUAUCAACAAGGUGGUAAACGCUUGACGUGUUAAAUAAAGCCAAGUGUUGAAAAAGAAA